AGAUAUUAACAUUUUGAUCUCAGAGCAACAACAUGAAGGCGUUCAUUCCUUUAAUUUGUUUAUUGUCGCUAGCGGCCGCCGAAGCUCCUCUCGGCGACGGUUACGCCGCUGCUCGAUCAGACCACGGCCACUCCCACGGUUCCAACCUCGGCCGUUCUCUCUCCACCGAAUACGGACCUCCAGGGACCUCUAGUCGGUCCCUAUCUCAAGAAUACGGUGCACCAAGCGCUAGAGCCCUCAGCCAAGAGUACGGCGCGCCAAACGCCAGGGGUCUUUCUCAAGAAUACGAGGCACCUAAUACUCGAGGUCUGUCACAGGAAUAUGGAGCGCCAAGUGCUAGGGGGCUCUCUCAAGAAUACGGAGCUCCAAGCGCCAGGGGACUUUCACAAGAAUACGGAGCUCCAAGCGCCAGGGGACUUUCGCAGGAAUAUGGUGCCCCUAGUGCCAGAGGACUCUCUCAAGAAUAUGGAGCUCCAAGCGCCAGAGGACUCUCCCAAGAGUACGGCGCCCCCAGCGCUAGAGGAUUGUCUCAAGAAUAUGGAGUUCCCAGUGCCCGAAGCCCUUCUGAAGAGUAUGGAGCCCCAAGCGCUCGCGGCUUAUCCUCUACCUACGGCGCUCCUUCCCAAGACUUCUCCCGCGGACUUUCUCAGGAAUACGGGGCUCCUGGACUAAGAAACGCACCUUCAGACUCUUACGGCGCACCUGCCUUCAGAAAUACCCCUUCGGAUUCUUAUGGAGCUCCGCUGUCUUCUGGUCUUCAAGAUUUCCGAUUAGCUCCUUCUGAGGCAUAUGGUGCUCCGUCAGCUAGAAGCUUUGGGUCUCCUUCUCAGAAAUAUGGCGCUCCUGCUCGUAACUCUUUCCGUUCGAACUCUCUAUCUCAAGAAUAUGGUGCUCCUUCCACCCGAUCUCAAGGUUUCUCUGGCAGAAACUCUUUCAAAUCUGCUAAAGGCCGCUCUGGUUUCUCUACCCCCUCGUCUACUUACGGUGCUCCUAGUGGAAGGUCUUCUGACUCCUAUUCCCAAGGCCAUAAGGCUGGUUCUUCAUUCGCAAGCGCCCGCUUGUCGGAUACCUAUGGAGCGCCCGCUGCAAGGAGUUUGUCGGAUACCUAUGGAGCGCCCGCUGCAAGGAGUCCCUCAGAUACCUAUGGAACACCCGCUGCAAGGAGUCUGUCCGAUACGUAUGGAGCACCGAACAGCAGAACUGCGGGAUCGAAGACUAGUGCUUUUGCUUCGUCUUUCGCUUCUGCCAGGUCAUCCCCCUCUUCCAAAUACGGCACCCCCUCCGCCUUCGACGCUAUGCCCUCCGAGCAAUAUGGCGUUCCCGAACAGUACGAUUCUCUCUCCAGCCAGGGCUACGGGUAUGCCAGGGGGGCUCUCGAUGAGCUGCAGAACCAGGAGCCAGCGAACUACGACUUUGCCUACAAAGUGAAUGACUUCGAAUCUGGCAGCGACUUCGGGCAUUCGGAAACCAGGCAGGACAACCGCGCUGAAGGCAGCUACUUUGUCGUUUUACCUGAUGGAACCAAGCAGGUGGUAGAAUACGAGGCCGAUGAGCGCGGUUUCAAGCCUCGCAUCUCCGUGGAGCCAGCAUCAGGCGGCUACGAUGACAACGCCAACAACAUCGCUCGCUCCGCUGAUGGACCUUAUUGACAACCACAUAAAGACCAUUUUACUAUGCAAACCGAACAGGACCGAGGUCAUUAUCUCUCUCACUC